GUUUCAAAAGUUAAUAAAUUAUGCCUAUCUGUGCAGCUCUUAAUUGUAAUAAUCGCUGUGAAAAAGGCUUUCGUCUCUUUCGCUUACCUUCGGAUGAACAUAGAAGGAAUCAAUGGCUAGUUAACAUGGGUCGAGAGACAUGGAUACCAAGAACCAAAAGUACUUAUUUGUGUGAAGUGCAUUUUGAAGAUUCCCAAUUUGAACAAAAUCGUGCUGAUGGAUGGAAAAAAUUGAAACCGAAUGCCAUUCCAUGUUUAUUUAAAAACCUUGUGGUUCCAAUUACCGUUUUUAAAACAGAUAUUUUUCGAAUAUGUAGAAUAUGUUUAAGAGUACAUGACAAUUUGAUACAUUUAUUUAAGCCAAUGCCAAAUAAUCAAAUACCAUUUACAGAGUUAAUGGAGCAUACUCCUUUGCAAGUGAGUUCGGACGAUAAUCUACCACCAUAUAUAUGCAAUGAAUGUUUUGAAACAUUACAAGUAAUUAAGUCAUUUAAAGAAAAAUGCAUUCAUUCGGACAAUUUAUUAAAAAAUUAUAAUGGACCAAAUACAUUUGAAAAUUUAAUCGAAUAUGUAAUAUCUAAAACGAAAGAUGAAGGUAUUUGGUAUAUAGAUAAUGAAGAAGAUCUGGAAAUUUCAACUGUUAAUAAACAAAACCAUGCGGAAGAAAUAAAGCCAUUAAAUAAUGAGGUUAUGGAAAAAUUGGAUAAACUUGAUGAAUUUUUAGACGAACAGUUAGAAAUUUUAGAAGGACCUAUUAAAAAAAUUAGACAAUCACUAAACGAUUCUUCCCAAAAAAUACCAUUUCACAAGAAAAGAAUUCAACCUAUGAAACCACCGCUAAUCCUUUCCGCUUCCAGUAAUCCAAAUACUCUACCAGUGAUUACAGAAGUUAUUAAAUUACCUAAAGCACCUUGGGCCGCCACCUACGAAUUACAAGACUUUAUAUGCCAUAUAUGUGGGAGAAAAGUAAAAUAUUUAGACUCUCAUAUGAGAAUACACAAUAAUUCAAUGGAAUAUAAAUGCGAAGUUUGUGGUAAAAAAUUUAACCAAACUGCUCUUCUUCGUAAACAUUCAGUUGUGCAUAAAAGUGAGAAAAAAUACGAGUGUGGUAUAUGUCACAUGGCAUUUACGCGUGUAGAAGUACGUAAUCGGCAUAUACAAACAGUACAUCAGAAAAUACGUCAGUUUAAAUGUACCAUAUGCCCUAAAGCAUUUCAUUUAGCAUAUCGGUUAAAAGUACACAUGAUUACACAUACCGGUGAAAAAUCUUACAAAUGUAACAUUGAAGGAUGUACUCGUGAAUAUAAGCAACGUUCAGCGUUGGUUAAUCAUUUACAAAAAUAUCAUUCCAGUGAUGGUUUACGUUGUGAAAUUUGUAACAAAGUUUUUAAACAAAAACGAUAUCUAGCCAAACAUAUGCGGUUACAUGAUGCAAAUGAAGAUAAAAUUUUUCAAUGUACGCUUUGUUUACGAGAAUUUCAAAAACAAAUAAUUUUUCAAGAACAUUUGCGCAACCACACGGGUGACAGACCUGCAAAAUGUAAUAAAUGUGAUGAAUCGUUUGUAUCGGAUAGAGUGCUUAAAAAACAUAUGAAAUUGCAUAUUAAUACAGUAGAGAGACAGGAUACAGUUGGUAGUAAAGAAUGAAUUCCUAAAUAUUCAGAAUUACUAGAUUAUUGCAGUCAGACAGUAAAAGAUUGAUAAUUAUGUCACAUUAUAAGUAUAUUCAAGAUAGUAUUUUCACUUUCAUAAGCCCACGAAAUAUUGUAGCUGUUUUUGAGCUUUUAUUCCAUUAACAAAAUGGCGUUUUAUACACAGAUUGAUUUUUAUAUCAUGUAUAUAUGAAAAAUUUUGGU